CAGAAGAUUAUUAUAUUCUACCAACCCAUUAAACAAGCCACCUGCCCUACCGUCGGUCCUCAUAAAAAAGGGAGCGAGUUUAGAAGAGACAGAGAGGAGAUGGGGUUAGGAGGAGGAGGAGCGGCAAUGAGCGACGAGCGGAGGACGCUCCUCGCGCUGCCUCGAUCGGACGGCGGAGAUGAGGAGGUGGAGGGGGCCCAGGCCAUCAGGGCCGUCCCAAAGGACAACUACCACGUCGCAUACCUUGUGUACUUCACCCUGGGGGCCGGGUUUCUCGUCCCAUGGAACGCCUUCAUCACGGCCGUCGAUUACUUCGGCUACCUCUAUCCGGCGGCCCCCGUGGACCGGGUCUUCUCGGUGGUCUACAUGCUCUCCUGCUUCUUUCCCCUCCUCCUCAUCGUCGGGUGGGCCCACAAGUCGAGCGCGCCGGUGAGGAUCAACGCCGGGCUGGUGCUCUUCGUGGUGGCGCUCCUGGUCGUGCCGGUGAUGGACGCGGCGUAUGUGAAGGGAAUGAGGGGACUUUAUUCGGCCUACAACGUCACCGUCGCCGCCGUUUUGCUCUCCGGCAUCGCCGACGCUCUCGUCCAGGGAGGGGUCAUCGGGGCCGCCGGCGAGCUCCCCGAGCGGUACAUGCAGGCUGUCGUUGCCGGCACCGCCGCUUCCGGAGUACUUGUUUCAGCCAUGAGAAUAGUUACUAAAGCCAUCUAUCCUCAAGAUGCUCGUGGGUUAAGAAAAAGUGCAAACCUCUACUUCAUUGUCAGUAUUUUGGUGAUGGUCAUCUGUCUUGUUUGCUACAAUGUGGCAGACAGGCUUCCUGUUAUCCAAUAUUAUAAAGAUAUUAAAAUGCAGGCUCAGAAAGUAGAGAAUAGUGAGAAAGGUUCCAUGAGUGGAUCUACUUGGAGGUCAACCUUGUGGCAUAUUGUUGGAAGAAUCAAAUGUUUUGGGUUUGGAAUCUUUCUUAUCUAUGUUGUUACUCUGUCCAUAUUUCCGGGGUAUGUCACGGAGGACGUGCAUUCUGAGGUUCUUAAGGACUGGUACCCAAUUAUGCUUAUGGCUGGAUACAAUGUGUUUGAUUUGGUUGGGAAGUCUUUGACUGCGUUUUAUCUCCUUGAGAAUGAAAAUAUUGCACUUGCUGCCUGUGUUGCAAGGCUGCUAUUUUAUCCUCUCUUUCUGGGUUGCCUAAAAGGUCCUGAAUUCUUCCGAACAGAAAUUCCAGUCACAGUUUUGACAUGCCUUCUGGGGUUGACAAAUGGUUACUUAAGUUCCGUUCUGAUGAUUCUUGCACCCAAAACUGUGCCAAUUCAGCACUCUGAGACUGCAGGGAUUGUAAUUGUUUUGUUCCUAGUAUUUGGCUUAGCAGUAGGUUCGAUUGUAUCCUGGUUUUGGGUCAUUUAGUUAAAUUAUACCAUAAUUUCCAAAUGCCCCAACUCAAGGCUUGCUUUACUAAUGCAUCUCUUAUAUUUGAUGUAAGAAUAUGCAUCUUGAGUCUGGUACAGAGAUGCCCUAGUAGUGCUUCACAAUGUAAAAUUUAUGGUGAUACUCUUGAAUGUAUGGAUUCUCCAUUCGGCGAAUACAGCCUUCCCAUUCUCUUCUUUUUAAGGAAAGCACUAAGCAGUUAUGUUAACUGUUUCAGCCA